AGUAAUUGAUUUAGUCACUGCUCUCUGUUGUUAUGUUAUCGUCCUUCCAAAGGCAUCGGCGGCGGUCGUCGUUUCUGACCCUACUCCCAAUUUUACUCCUGACGGCCGCCCUUUGCCCAAUUCUUGUCAAUGGAAGAGUCCCUCUGUCUAAUUUACGUCACCAAAUUGCCAAUGCAUCAUCAUUUCCAGGAUUCGGUCCUAUCACCUAUCUUCCGGGAUACGACCACCCCUUACCCAGAGGAACUAAUGCAGGUUAUCUCCCACUCUACAAAAAGCCUCAACAAUGUGUAACGGCCAUGUACUUCAUUUUAGUACCAAGUGCUGGUGAUCCAGAUAAGGACCCCGUAGUUCUCUGGCUGCAGGGUGGUCCUGGUACGUCCGGGCUCGUUGGAUUCUUCCUCGAAAACGGUCCGGUCAAAGCAAUACAGACUGAAGCGAAGCUAGUUGACAACAGUCAAUCUUGGCAUAACAACGCGACAUAUAUAGUAGUAGAUCAACCUGCACCCGUUGGUAUGAGCUUCGUCACUGAUGAUAAAUGCCUGCCGGAGAGUGAGGACGAAGCCAUCAGAAAUCUGGGAGAUUCGGUGAGUCUGCUAUUAGGAACUUAUUUUCCCAACUUGGCAAAACUCCCUUUUUAUGUUUUCGGAGAGUCUUACGGAGGAAAAUACGUACCAGAGCUUGCUGUUGAUUUGCAAGAACGUCAUUCCUGGGUCAAUCUGCAAGGUGUUGGUGUUGGCGACGGUUGGGUAGACCCUCCAACACAGCAGAUGACCUACAAGGAAUUCGCAUUCCAACACGGAUUGAUCAAUGCUCCUGAUAAUGCUGAAGUCGAGAAACUCGAAGAAGCAUGUCUAAAGGCACUCGAAGGGACUAAUACCGUGGAGGCAUGGCGACAGGCUAAUGACGUGUGCUCUAGAAUAGAAGAUUACAUUGUGAAUAAUAGUCAAGUUAACAUGUACGAUGUACGUAUGUAUGGCGAGUAUAAUAAUGCUGUCCUCACUGAGUACCUUCGAAAGGCUGAAGUCCGUGCAGCGAUGAAUGUAGAUCCAAGAGCAGCGCCUUGGUCUGAGGACAACGCUGCAAUAGCAUACAUCCUAGCCGGCUGGGAACAGCGAUCAGCGGCACAUUUGUAUACUCAGUUGUUGAGGAACAACACUCGAACACUCCUUUAUAAUGGGAUGUAUGAUAUGGAUUGCAACAUGAUAGGCACGGCCAGAUGGAUGCUCAAUAUGGAUUGGGACCUCAUAGAGCAGUUUAAGCAGACAAAGCGUAAACCGUGGUCGAUCAAACGUAAAGAGUUGAAGACCACAGACCAAUCAGCGACUAGUGCGAAUGGUGGGAUUACGGAGAAGGUGGUGGAGGAAACUGUGGGCGGCUUUGUCGAAGUCGGUGCUCUCACUCACAUAGUUAUCAAUCAGGCCGGGCAUCUGGUUCCCAUGGAUGUGCCCCAUAUAGCCUCCCAUAUGCUAUAUGCUUUUACAAGGGGAUGUUCAUUAUCUGAUGAUACAUGUCGUGACGAGGGGAUGGGGAUAGUAUCAACAGCAGCACGAGCCGCAGAAGUGAUAGAUUUGGUACCGUCACCCUCAUAAGGUAUCUUAUAUGACCGCUGCCAUGGAGCUCUUCUCAUAGAGGAGUACUGGA